AUGACCAGCAGUACGUUCUGUGGAGAAAAUAUGUUCUUAUCCACCCACAAGACAAGCUGGUAUGAUAUUAUAAACGCCUGGUACAACGAGAUCAACAACUGGAGCUACUCAAAGGGAUCCAUCAAUGGUGGCACUGUCGGACACUUUACACAGAUUGUCUGGUACAGGUCUUUUGAGGUUGGUUGUGGUAUGGCCUACUGUCCCCACAUAACAUUUAAGUACAUCUACGUCUGCCAGUACUGCCCAGCUGGAAAUUAUGAUGUAGCUUACCCCUAUGAGGUAGGAGAGCCCUGUGAUGCCUGCGAGAAUUACUGCGAUGACCGACUGUGCAGUAAGUAG